ACAGAUAUUGCGGUCUCGUUUUAAAACGCCGAUGCCUCUUUUUCGUGGUCUCGCAGUUUUUCUAAACAAACUUCAACAAAUUUUACAGGAAAGGUUGGAAACUGAGGAUAUGUUUAUAAACUAGCAAAAGAUUUAAUUUCAAGGGAAAGAUAGACUUUACAAAUCAUGAAACCAAAAGAGCAAAAAAAUCCAAAUGAAAACGGAGGGAAAAGAUCAGAUAAGACACACAGGUACAGUGCAAGACGCAGCUCUUUUGGGAACAAAGGACAGCAAAGUGAUGCUAACAAGGCAAAUAAGAAUGAUAGUUCUGAAAAACAGAAGAAAGCAUCCAGCCAAGAAGUGGAAGUAAAAGAAGAAGAAAAGGUUGCUACACCACCAGAAAGUAGUACCCAGGAAGAAAAUACUGAAUCAGUAAGUCAGGAGGCACAGAUGAUGCUAGAAAUUGAAAAGAACCAGGCAAUAGAAGCUGAAACUGCUGCUAAGGAAAGAAUUGCAAGUAGAAAAGCUGUAAGGCAAAAGAAUUUGGCUGCUUAUGAGCUUCGCCCAGAUGAGUCAUUCUUCAAGAAACUUGACUCUUCAAUGAAAAAGAAUACUUCAUUUGUAAAGAAACUUAAAAGCAUCACAGAGCAGCAGCGUGACACACUGGAAAACGAAUUCAAAGGUUUAAACUUAACCAAAUAUAUUCAGGAGGCGGUAAACUCCAUAGUGGAUGCCAAGAUCAAGGUCGCUGACGUCGGCUGUGUCGCUCAUUUGUGUAGCCUGUUCCAUCAACGAUAUAAUGAAUUUACUCCACUGUUGAAAAGGCUGGUCGACAAAUCUUUUGAAAACAUUAGCUGCAAGGACGAGGAAAAGGGCGCCAAUGUCCCUAGACUGCGCACGUCACUGCGGUUGCUGGCUGAACUUAUUCUUGAUGGUGUUUUUGCAAAUAUAGACGAAGGUGUUCAGUUACUUCAAAGUAUUUUUGCAACUAUCGUCAAUAGUGACAAGACAGAACAUGUAUAUGCACCGGUUAUUCUGACUUUCCUAAGACAUUGUGGUGAAGAUGUGAUGGGUAUUUUGCCAAGAAAACAAAGGAUGUGGGCAGAAAAGUUUGAUAUUCAGUUUCCUGAAUGUGAUAUUAUUCCCGAAAGUAAGAAAAUAUUAUUCAAAGAAAUGUUCAAGGAUUAUUAUGACUCGAUGGCAAAGCAUUUGACAAAGGAACACAAAGCUUUACAGAACAGAGAACGACAGAAUCGACAAACUAUUGGGCUCAAAGGGGAGUUGCCUGCUGACAGAAAGGAGGCAUUUGAAAAGGCACAAAAGUCAUACGAAAAGUUGCUUACAAAUACCACAUCGGUUGCGGAAAUGCUCAACGAAGAGGUUCCGGAUCUCCCUGAAGAUCAGCUUGAAGAAAAAGAUGAAACAGGCACUGUGAAUAUAUUCACCCCUGUCAGGGGCAACGAGUAUGACGUUGAAAACGGGCUUUGGGAAGAUGAAGACACCCGAACAUUCUACGAGAACCUGAAAGACCUGAAAUCGUUUGUCCCGCAGAUACUAUUUAAAGAAAAGGAAACGAAGCCAAGCAAGGACAACAGAAAAGACCCAAAGAAGAAACGAAAAUUAAGAAAUGAUCUCAAUCUUGAUGACGACUACAUGGAUUUCAGUGACGAUGAUAUAGAUGAGAACUAUGAACAAGAAAUACUUGGGGACGAGGCUGACGACAACGAAGCUGGAAAUAAUUCUGGUGCGAUGAGUAUGGCACAAAUAGUUGAACAAUAUAUGCAGAACCUUGUCACUUGCGUGAACAGGGAUUUUAUAGAUCAGGCUGCCGAAACUUUCAUCAUGAAGAUGAACAGAAAAGACAACAGAAAGAAACUAAUCCGAACUCUGUUUAGGGUUAGCCGGACAAGGUUGGAUUUGCUUCCAUUCUAUGGUCGCCUUGUGGCCACCCUAGCACCUUGCCUGCCCGAUGUGUCCCAGGAUUUGAUUUUCCUUCUAAAGGGCGACUUUCGCUUCCAUCUGCGAAAGAAGCAUCAGAUUAACCUUGAAUCGAAAGUGAAAACUGUAAGAUUUAUCGGAGAAUUAACCAAAUUCAAGGUUUGCCCAAAAGCAGAGGCUCUGUAUUGUUUGAAGAUGCUUUUAGAAGAUUUUACUCACCACAAUAUAGAGAUGGCUUGUCACUUGUUGGAAACUUGUGGUAGAUUCCUGUAUCGAUCACCAGAGUCGCACCCCAGGAUGAUCAAGCUUUUGGAACAAAUGAUGCGGAAAAAGACAGUGCAGGCUGUCGACUCAAGGCUUUCCACGAUGAUUGAAAAUGCUUAUUAUUAUUGCAACCCUCCAGAGAGACAGAAGGUUCAAGUUAAGGAGAGGCCACCCAUGCAAGAAUAUAUACGAAAGUUGCUGUAUAAAGAUCUAUCAAAGACAACAAUAGAGAAAGUCCUGAGGCAAAUGCGGAAGCUGUCUUGGGAUGAGCCAGGGAUCAAGGAAUACGUUGUGAAGUGCCUCAGUAAAAUAUGGAACGUGAAAUACAGUAACAUCCACUGUGCAGCGAAUAUGCUUUCCGGACUGAGUGAAUAUCACGAAGAUGUUGGCGUGUAUGUUGUUGAUGAAGUUAUUGAACAUGUUAGGCUAGGAAUGGAGGUUAACAUCCCAAAAUUCAACCAGCAGCGUAUUAGCAUUAUCAAAUACCUUGGCGAGCUCUUCAACUACCAACUGGUCGAGUCUGACGUCAUUUUCACCACCCUUUACUCGCUCAUUUCAUUUGGAAGUGUUGCUGACGGAACACUUUCAGAGUUAGAUCCACCAGAACACCUGUUCAGAAUUCGGCUUGUCUGUAUUCUGCUCGACAGCUGUGGCCAGUAUUUCGACCGUGGAUCCACCAAGAAGAAACUAGAUUAUUUCCUUGUUUACUUCCAGUGCUAUAUUUGGCGAAAGAAGCAGAGUGGCCUUUGGAAUGAGAAAUGCCCAUUUCCUCGUGACCUCGACUAUAUGGUAUCAGAUACAUUCGAAUCUCUCAGACCGAAGAUAAGCAUGCAUGCAACUGCAGAAGAUGCUUAUAAGGCUGCUGAAGAGAUUGAAAAAGAAUGCCAAGAGAAAAUCGUCAGUGUCCUGUCUUUGCGCGAUGAAACUGCUCCAGAAGCAAUACCAAAGCCCACUAUUGAUCCGACUCUGGUUCCACUUCCUUCUUCUGAAUUAUCCGGAACGUCAUUAGGAGAUUCAGUAUGUUCUAUGUCACCUUCUUUUAAAUCACAAUCGUCCUCUGGGGAGGAGGAUGAAUGCGAAUCUGACUAUAUUAGUGGUGACGAUUUAAUGGAAGAUCAAAACGAGGCAACAGAUGGAAAUAUAUUCGAAAUUGAGACUGAUGACAAUGUUAAGCUGAAAGAAGUCCCCAAAUUUAUAGAAUCGGCUGAUGAUCAGGAUUUCUGUUCGGCUUUUGAUAAAAUGAUGAGCGAUAGUUUUCAAGGAAGGUUGACUGAAGCUAUGAAGUCAACAGCAGUGGAUAUUGCCAUUCCGAUGCAUCUAAAAGGAAAAGGCAAAAAACAGCAAUUCGAGGAGAAUCCGGAGAGUGUCAAGUUUGUUUUCAUGCUGAAGAAAGGAAACAAACAGCAAUUUAAGGACUUGAAUAUUCCUGUGACUGAAAACCUUGCUGCUAACAUAAGAGACAAACAAGUUGCAGAGAGAGCGGAACAUGAAGAGAUGAAGAGAUUGGUGCUUGAUUACAAUCAAAGACAAGAGGAGGAGGCGUUUAACGAAAUGCUCGCAGCAAAUCAACCUGCUCGACCUGGUUACCAUGGUCACCAUUCAUCACGUGGCCAUAGACGAGGCCAGCAGCGUUUGAGGUCGCGAGACCAUGAUCCAAGUUUCUUUCACUCAAGCAACAGGAAAAGGUGAUUCAGAACGACUGAUGUGCGUUAGGUUGAUGAGCAUCGCCAAGCUGGUUAGGCUGAAGAUACGACUUUGCAAGUUCAUGAUUGUUGUCUGUCGUGAUUCGUGAAGAACGAAUGAAAACUUUCAAAUCUCGUGUUCUAUGAGAGAUUCUUUAAAUUGUUGUUUCAAAGUUUGUGAGUUUUUGCUAAAACUUGUUAAUAAAGUCUGCUUGGUGCUUUCCUUAGAACCAAUUUUAUUGAUGAAGUCCAUAAAAGACUUGA